AUGCGUUAUCGACAUUUUCAAGGUAAUUCAUAUUCGUCUGGUGCUUUGCCGUUUAUCGUCUGCUUUGAACGAGUCAUUCAUCACAACACCGUCGAACAGGCGAUGCAUGCUUGCUCUGCAUUUAUUCGUAGUCAAUACAGACAAAUCCGGUUGUGCUAUGAUGGAGAGCGAGGCAUACAACUGCAACGAAUAGCCGCUCAUAAGACCAUGAGCACAAAGCCGCACCCAAUUUUAGAGGUGCCAUAUCUGCUCAUCAACGAUUAUACGCCAUCAGUUGAUAACAAUAAUCUCAAUGUGAUGAUCCUCCCGCAGUUACUCAACAAAUGGUCUAAAUUA